AUGUCUAUCUUGGUUGUUCAACAAGACCAUCCUGUCCACAAGACCCUAGCAAGUGUAGCCAACCUUGCUAAUCUUCUUCCCACAAGCACCGUCCUUGCUUUCAAUGCUCUCAUCCCUCCCUUCUCCAACAAUGGGUGUUGCCAACUUUCCGACAAGGUCCUUACCUCAUUGCUCAUUGCAGUUUGUGCUGUUUUUUGCUUCUUCUCCUCCUUCACCGACACCUUCAUGAGCAAUGGGAAACUCUACCAUGGAAUUGCUACAUUCAAAGGUUUUUAUGUAUUCAACUACAACACUAAUAUUGAGGAGGGAAUUACUACCACGGAACUGCUUUGCAGGCUUAGAAUCCGUUUGGUGGACUUUGUCCACGCAUUUUUGUCUCUCUUUGUGUUCUUGGUCUUUGCCAUCAGCAACUCCAGUGGACAAACUUGUUUAAUUGAUCCUAAUGGGGUUCAGACUGAAAGUGCAUUGUUCAUGAACUUGCCAUUAGGGGUUGGGGUUUUUUCAAGCUUCUUAUUCACCAUCUUCCCAACUACACGAAGAGGGAUUGGAUACGCAGAUACCCCAAGUAUGUAG